AUGCUUUGGAAAGUGAUUGUUAUUUUGGUCGUACAAGUUGCAGCUGAUCGCCACCAAGCAUCAGCCCCGAGAACUGAGCCUCAUCUCUGGGGAUCUGAAAAUCCGAAUUGUCAGAGUGGUGGCCUUAACACCGACGAUUACCACUGUGUCUUCCCAUGGAUCUUCAGGGCAUUGAUCUUCAUUUCUGUCGGAUUUCUUCUUCUUUUUGCUUUUUGCUGUCUUUUGUGCAAUUGCUGUUGGCAAGAAGCACGUAACAAAACUCUGCGCGAUGACUUCGAAAGAUUCACCCAUUUGAGUAAACAGGAAUUCGAAGCACUUCAAGCGGCAAAGAUGCUCAUGAAAGACAAGGGAUAUGAGAAUCCGAAUUAUGAAAUCGCC